AUGUUUUUGCACUAUGCAGUGACGGCGACGGAGAGCAUCACGAAUCCAACACUCAAGGAUUUACGGAUCUGUGCGAGUGUCAAAGGUCAUAGGGUUUAUGUGGACACCCUGAGGCAAGACAUCGAGGGAAAAGUGUUGAAAAAAUAUGGUAAGGAUGUAGGAUUGCAUGUAAAAGCAGUCCGAUCUUAUACACAUCAAUUAUUCUGUGCCCUGAAGCUACUUCGCAAAUGCAAUAUUCUUCAUGCAGAUAUCAAGCCUGAUAAUAUUCUGGUGAAUGAAAAGAAGCUGGUGUUGAAACUUUGUGACUUUGGCUCUGCUUCAAAAGUGACCGAAAAUGAGAUAACACCAUAUCUAGUCGCACGAUUCUACAGAGCUCCAGAAAUUAUCCUUGGAAUGACUUAUGACUUCGGGAUUGACUUGUGGUCUGCUGCAUGUACAAUAUAUGAACUUUAUACUGGAAAGAUCAUGUUCCCUGGGAAGACAAACAAUCAGAUGUUAAAACUGUUCAUGGAUCUCAAGGGAAAGAUGCCAAACAAGGUCAUUAGGAAAGGAGCCUUUAAGGACCAGCACUUCGAUGGUGCUUGUAAUUUCUUGUAUAGAGAUAUGGACAAAGUGACAGAGAGAGAGAAGAUUGUAGUCAUGGCCACAAUCAACCCUACAAGAAACCUCCUCCAUGAGAUGUUAGGGGAGUCCAACCUACCUGAAGACCACACGAGAAAGGUCACCCAGCUGAAGGAUCUCCUGGAGAGGUGUCUCAUGCUGGACCCUGUAAAGCGCGCCACCAUAGACAACUGUUUAAUGCACCAAUUUAUUAGGGAGAAGAUGUGAAUUAUAUGAUCUUGAAAUUUUUUAGGUUGUGAUGUGAGUGGGAUGUCACAAAUCUUGAGUUAUUGAGGGUGUGUGUGUGUGUAUGCACAUUGUGGUUGGUGUGUGAUGAAUGCAUUAUUGAUAUAUAAUAUAUUAGUAUUUCCUGAGAGUUAUUCUAUUGUCGAUUUACAGAGGAGAAUGAUUGUGCAAGUGAGAGUUCAUCUUCAUUGUUUUCUGUCUCGGGGAUAUCUGUUAACAAAUCAAUAUGAUGAAAAUCAUCAUCUUUAUAAGCUAGAUUUAAUAAACUUCAACUGUUAUGUAUUCUGAUGCAGGGAGCAGCAAGCUUGAACACCCUGCAUAAAGGGGUUUGAUUAGACUCUUGUGAUAUUUGAUUCACAGAGGAAAGGGAAAGUUAAAAGAAUUUUACAGGGUAUUUUUGGGGUUGUCUGUUUAAAACAAAACAAAAAAAUUUGUUUCAGUUAAUACCAUAUAGGAUUUCACAUUCAUUUCUUUCAUUAAUCAGCAUGCCACCUGAAUCACACAUUGGCACCACAUCCUUUGGUUACAAGUGAUUAGUGUGGAAAAGACAUAGAAGUUUACAUCGUGUGUCUAAUAAUUCUGAUAUAUAUUUUUUAACUAUUUCUGAAUCACGGUAGUGUUUCCUAAUAAUGUCGGUAAAUCACAUUGCGUACACUAUGACAUUAUUAUCCUAUGUAGGUAUGUGGAAAAAAAACAUAAUAAAAAUCAUUGAUGUGAAACAUCUUGGCAGUGAAUUAUCAGAUAAAAUGUACACUUAAAUGAUAGUAGAGGAAACUUUUUUUUUAUAUUGUAUUUAGCAGUUGAGGGGUCAUGAUGUACCAGUAACCUUUAGUUCUCUCAAGGGCUUGGCAUUUUUAAAAUGCAGUUGUAUGCUGGAAAGUUAUUUUGUCAUUAAAAUUGUGCAUUCAUAGGUACUAAUUGUAAUAUACAAAUAUUAUUUUCAGAAUGACAUUAUAAACAAUAUGUUUACAGUUGGUUCCUUUUUCUAUUUCUUAUUGAAUUAUAUAUUUUAAUGAAAAGUGAGUCAUAUAAAAUGAUCUGCUGUGAAGUAAAUUUCUUUAAAGAA